CGUUGAAACUUGAAAGUGAGACCAAACCCAUCUGACAGAUGUUGCAGUUUCCGGCGUUCAUGACGCAGUACCCGACGUCGACGAGGAUCAUUCCGGCGUCGCUUCUUCUACCUCCGCAGUGGCCUCAACCGCACAGCGAGGAGCUUCUUCUUGCUAUCGAAGAGUCUGAUUUUGAAGAAAAGUAUAACGAGAUCAGGAAGAUAAAUAGCAACCUUAUUGUGAUUGGGAAAACAUCGGUUGAGAAUGACAAAGAAGACUUUGACAAUGAUGCAGAUGAUGAUGAUGCUGAUAAUGCAGAAGAGUCUGAAGGAGAUGAGUUUGAACAGGAAACUGGAGUGCGUUUUCAAGAUUUUUGUUUGGGUUUUGUUGAAGGUGGACAUUGGAGUUUCCAAACUCUAUUCCCAAUCUCUGCCGCAGUUUCUGAUCGGAGUUUGCGAUUAAGGAACAAUGACAACGAGAUUGAGGAAGAAUCGUAA